AAGUGAAACUGGAACUUGAAGAUCUGAUGUCUGACAUCAAGAAAACCGCUAACAAAGUGAGGGCUAAAUUAAAGGUGAUAGAGCAGAACAUCGAGCAAGAGGAACAUACGAACAAAUCGUCAGCGGAUCUGAGGAUACGCAAAACCCAACACUCGACGUUGUCCAGGAAGUUUGUCGAGGUGAUGACGGAGUACAAUCGGACACAGACCGAUUACAGGGAGCGGUGUAAGGGGAGAAUACAACGACAGCUCGAGAUCACGGGGAGAACGACUACCAAUGAGGAACUCGAGGAGAUGUUGGAACAAGGAAAUCCAGCCGUCUUCACGCAAGGGAUCAUCAUGGAAACGCAACAAGCAAAACAGACCCUUGCGGACAUCGAGGCGCGUCACGCUGACAUCAUUAAACUCGAAAACUCCAUCAGGGAGCUGCACGACAUGUUCAUGGACAUGGCCAUGUUGGUGGAGAGUCAGGGCGAGAUGAUAGAUCGCAUAGAGUACCACGUGGAACACGCGGUGGACUACGUGCAGACAGCCACGCAGGACACCAAAAAAGCACUCAAGUAUCAAAGCAAAGCCCGACGGAAAUUGAUCCUGAUAUCGAUCUGCGUGACGAUAGCUGUCAUCAUUCUGAUUAUCAUUCUGGUAGUUAGCUUAAGUAAUAAUAAAUAGUUUAAGCGCGCGCGCGAGAGAAAAAAAAACAAACACAUUCGCAGAGCAAGUUUGACACGGAGCAAAAGCAAAAACAAAAACAAACGAAAAAAAAACUAGAACAAAUCGGGGACGGGAUAGAAUUUUGAAUUGCCGAAAUAUACCCGUUAUCCCUCAUUCUCGUUCCCCCCUCCCCCCCCCUCCCCCGAUGACGAACCAGGAUCGUAACGGAGAUUGGCGCAGAUCGCGUCGAUCUUGAAUAUAUUCGCCGGCCGAGAGUUUGGACGCGCCGCGACACGCGUCGCUCCGGAUAUCUCGCGGAUAUCCCCGAUAUCCCGCACAAGACCGUUACGUUUAUUUAUUAUUGAUUCUUAAUAAAUUUUAUGUGUUUAUAUGUUUAUUUAUCAGUCAGUCAGUAAAGAGUUGUUCUUUUUCUUUUUGUUGUUGCAUUCUCACGAUCAUUCUAACCGAUUAACUGUAAUUAUGUAUACCGAAUGUGAUCCGUUCGCAUCGUGCGGACGUAAGUAACUUCCCGAGGAACGCCUCGUGUAGACAUUGCGAACGUCGUAACGUCUGUGCAGUUACGAAGCUAGGAACGGUGGUGAACACGUGCGUUGCGAGUCUCGGUUACACGAAGCCUUUAUUAUCGCUUUUAUUAACGGAGAUUGGCAACGAAGUUUCUCGUAUUGCGCCUCGAUACGCGUCGAAAAGUGCGCAAAGUUGCGAUGUUAAUUUUUUUAUUAGAUUCUUUCGAGAUGAUAUUGUCUUUCUCACUCGGGGAAGAAAUCAGUACGACAGUUUGUGUAAAUUUACGGAGCUGCGACUUCUUGAAAUUUUCAAAAGGAUAUGAUGCUUGUGCGAAUUAAGCACUUGUAUUCGUUUAAAAUGCUGUCGCGUGCAUUGCGCGAGCUUGCGUUAAAUCGUAGAAAUGGUGGUGAGAAACGCCGAGAAAAAUUAUCGAGGCCCCGGUGUUUUCUUUGAAACUUGAAUGGGGAUCGAUAUGCCAUCUAAUAGCUUUUCCUCGCAUUCGGGCGCACUUUCGCACACUGCCUUUUGUUAUUUUCUUUUUUUACUUUUAUUAUUUGUGCCACUUCACACACCGUUCUUAGUCCAAAUUUUCCGACGUGAGCGAGAAUAUAAUGAAGACGGCGAUUGCACAAUCGAGAAUCACGCGCGACGUACGAGAUCAAAUAUAUUCGAUGCGCCCUUUUCCAAUUUGUCUUCAGGCGAAGCUCGAUCGCCAUUGAUUUGACGAGAGACCCUCGGUUAUUCAUAUACGAAGUGCUGCGACAGCAAGCUGAAUUAUUUGCGUGAUUGUUUAUUUUCAUUUCCCUUUCUAUGUAUAUUUAUCAUUAACGAAUAUUGAUAAUCGAUCUCGUCUAUCACGUCACUGGAGAAUAAAAAUUGUCAACAAUAUAUAAACCA